UCUUGUUGAUUUCCCCAUCAAAUAAAAAUGGCAUGCAGAGAAAUGCAGAUCAUAAUCUUGGUUCUCGCCACUACCCUCAUCGGUAUAGCAGUAGCUACGGACCAUACCAUUGGUGGUCCUAGUGGUUGGACUGUUGGAGCUAAUCUUGGAACGUGGGCUGCAGGACAAACAUUUGCUGUUGGAGACAAUCUUGUUUUCGCUUACCCUUCUGCAUUCCACGAUGUUGUUGAAGUCACAAAACCUGAGUUCGACAGCUGCCAAGUGGUUAAACCGCUUAUAACGUUCGCUAAUGGAAACUCCAUUGUUCCCCUCACUACUCCUGGAAAAAGGUACUUCAUUUGUGGAAUGCCGGGACAUUGUACCCAAGGGAUGAAACUCGAAGUAAACGUUCUUCCAAACGCAAACGCAGCACCAACCGCACCGCUUCAAAACUCUGUCCCAUCUCUAAACGCGCCUUCACCUUCUUCUGUUCUACCAGUACAACCUCUGUUGCCUCUUAAUCCCAUCGCUCCUUCUUCUUCAACUCCGGUUCCUCCCUCCUCUCUGCCUAUUCUGCCGGCACAAGCACCGGCGCUUUCUCCAGGGUCUGCAGCGGGGACUUCUCUGCCGUUGUUCCCAGGCUCACCUGCAGCGAGCUCAAGCAGCACCACCACCAAAACCGUUGGGAGCUUCCCUUCUAGUGCUACAGGCACAACGGCUGAUCUUUCCGGCGCAGGAGCUCCUCCGGUUGACUCCUCCUCAUCUUCCACUAAGAGCUUUGUUUUGGGAUUCGGAUUCAUGGUAACUAUGAUGCUUCAUUUGCUCUAAGUGUUUUAAGUAGAGAGAGUUUUGUUUGCUGAGGCUAAUGUGUUUGCCUUUACUUUAGUUUGGUUUUAUAUGAGAAUAUGUGUUUUGUUGUACAAGAUUAAAUAUGCUGUUUUUGUUUGUGUUCUCUUCUGUAUCUCAGUAUCUACCAUUGUAUAUCCUUGUUUUUUUUAAUAUCAAACCAUUGUAUAUCCGUUUAUUUCUCGAAUAUUAUAUAUUGUCACGAUUUAUAUA